AUGGACGCGUUUCAGGCAAAACUAGACGCCCUUCAGAAACAGUCAAAGGAGCAAAUUAUGGCGACCAUAACAGCGCUGCAGAGUGCGUGUGGCGAGGGUGUGCAACCUGUGAGAAUUGCGGUGGCGAUUGGUAAUCGGCUAACACAUGGUCAAAUACCCAAUUCCUUUCCUGUUAUUUGUCUUAUCGAUGCGAUGGCUGCAACGCAGGAUGAGGCAUGUAUUGCGACGGUAUUAGAGGAGUUCUGGCGAAUUGCACCCUCCUUGUUUGUAAACUAUUCCACAGCAGACGAGGCAUUACGGGAAAAGGUGCUCCGGGCGGUGAAGCGUUGGGGAGGGAAAAGGCUGUUUCCAUCAACUUAUGGAGAAAAACUGUUGAGUUGCAUUAGCGGAAAGGAGAUGAAUAAGAUGGACUCUGAAAAGGUGCAUCAUAGCGUUGAUAAUAAUGUUCAUACGAUAUCGCAUUCAGGCAACGCGACGAAGGAUAAGAUGAAGGAAGAAUUUUCAAGAUCAGAGGUAUCUGGUUUCUGUGCAAUCCUUCAGAGCUGUGUAAAAAUGAUUGAAGGCCUUCCACCUCACCGAGCAAGCAUGUAUCUGGAUGUUGUUCGAAAGGAAAAGUUGCUUCAUACACCGUCAAAGUCCGCGCUGCUUUUCUUUCAAGGCCUUCACGCUGAGUUAAGCCGUGAGUCCGCGCUGUAUAAUAGCAAUGUCGUGAAGAAUGAACACCAGGCCAAUUCUGCUUUGAGUGGAAAGUUGGACACCAAAGCCGCUCUUGGAAACCUCCUGGAUAAACUUUCUAAAGAACAGACCUCCUCCGUGGAUGCGGCAACAGCGGCAGUAGCAGCAGCAGGUGGCCACAAAGAUCUCGCAUUCAAUGUCAUACGAUACACGUCGCCCAUGCAGUCUGACAUUUGUCAGCGUCUCUCGGUGGCACAGCGGGCCGGAUUUGGUGAAUGGCAUCGGCGAACAAAAAACGAGUAUCAUUACCCCAAAAGGGAAAGCAACACACGUAGGGAGUUCCGCGCUCCAGCGGGUUCACAGGCAGGAACACGAGCCUGGUUCCCCACCGAACAGCAGUGGAUCAGUGAAAAUGACAUGGCGGCAUUGAAAUUGUGGUUACCGAAAGAGACAGUUCAAGAAAGGGAUUCCUCCAAUGUGUACAAUGUGGUGCGAAAACGUGAACGCGAUGCUUGA